AAUGUGGUUACAGAGUCGGAGACGAAUUGCGAAGGACAUCUAUGAGGGGGGCCUCGGCAUCAACUCGACUACCAGGUAGAACAAUUACACACAUAGAUGACGCCGGGGACGAUCAAGGUUUUCAUUCGUUCGCUUCCUCUUUCUCUACACUUGCUCCUUUGUUUUGCGCGCAUCGCCGCACGCCAUCAAUGCCUUCGCUUUUCCUUUCUUUACCACCCUCGUUGCCAUCGUCUCGCACUUCGGAUGGAUGCGGAUAGAAAGCUGAAUCGCUCAGUCUUUUUCGGAGAACUCUGCUCGUGGUCGACAUCGUCCAGCCCUGGCAGCGCCCUCCAAGGAACAAACAGCAAAUCGACGACGUCCACCUACAGGGUGGAGAACCCCACCGGUGAGCCAGUCCCCGAGGCUGUAGCGCAGUCCUUCGGAGGGCUCUCAACGGCGACAUCUAGGAAAGAAGAAGAAAACACGCGAAAGCGCAAGAGUGCAAACCCCCACGUCUGCGAAGAGUGCAACUUGUGGCUGUCGUGCGCGUCCGACAUGGCCCGUCACAAGGCCAGCCGCGACCACGGAAACCCUGCAAAGUUCAAAUGCGGCCAUUGUGGAGUCCCCUUCUUCCGGAAGGAUGCAGUCUACAGCCACAAGAGGGACCACUGUAUGUCCAGGAACAGGCGCAACGGCGACGACCAUGGCGAUGGCCGCCGCGACGGUCCCUCGCAGGACCCGGGGCGCGACGUUCUAGAGGGCGGUGGAGGAGGUAUGGGGCCCAUGGGGGGUCGGAUGUUCAGCUGGCAGAGCUGAACGUGCCUGCC